AUGGGUUUCAGUCUCAACAACCCGCUGCCCUCGUCCAUGAGCAGCGAAUGUCGCAAGACGGGAAAGAUUCUAGCAUCCUUUGUCGACCCCAGACAGGCCUUUGGGCCCGAUAAGAUUAUCCCGCCCAAUGUCCUCGCCAAUGCAAAGGGCCUCGCGAUUCUCACAGUCUUCAAGGCCGGCUUCCUCGGCACAGCGCGAUUCGGAUCGGGCGUCGUCGUCGCCCGCCUCGCAGACGGAUCGUGGUCGGCACCCACGGCCAUCGGAACCAUCGGCGGCGGCUUCGGCGGACAGAUUGGCUUUGAGCUCACCGACUUCGUCUUCAUCCUCAACGACGCAUCCGCUGUCCGUACAUUUGCGCAGGCCGGCUCGCUGACAUUGGGCGGCAAUGUCUCCAUCGCGGCGGGGCCCGUCGGUCGCAAUGCCGAGGCUGCCGGCGCGGCGAGUCUGAAGGGCGUGGCUGGUAUUUUCAGCUACAGCAAGACAAAGGGACUGUUCGCCGGUGUCAGUCUGGAGGGAAGUGGCAUCAUCGAGCGGAGAGAUGCGAACGAGAAGCUGUACGGCCGCCGAUGGACUGCCCGCGAGAUCCUCAGCGGACAGGUCCCCCCACCACCAGCCGCCGCGCCACUCCUGCAAGUGCUCAACUCGAGAGUCUUUGCCGGCGUAGGAGGCGCGCAGAACGUUACCAACGACGCCAUGUACAACGACAUUCCCGUCUACGACAACUCGCGCGACAACGUAGUGUGGCAGGGCCGCGAGGGCUCGGCCAUGGGCGAAGGCGUGCGCCGUGACCGCACCGGCUCCAUGGGCCAGGGACACAACGACUACGAGUACAGAGACCGACCGCAGUCAACUGCAUGGGCGGACGACGUAUACGACCGACAGCCGUCCUCGGCACCCGGCGGCCUCAACCGCUCCUUCUCCACACGUGCGAACCCCACUGAGACAUUCGACCGCAUGGACAACCGGAGCCGCUCCUCCACUUUCGGCGACGACUACUCGUACAGCGACCGCAAGCCUGGCCGACCGACGGCGCCGAAGCCAGUGUUUGGACAGACCACGGGGCAGAAGAAGGCAGGACUACAGUCCGACCAGGCAAUUGCCAAGUUCACCUUUGACGCGGACCAGCCGGGCGAUCUCGGCUUUAAGAAGGGCGAGAUUAUCACAAUCCUGAAGAGGACGGAUAACGAGACCGACUGGUGGACAGGCAGAGUCGGAAGCCGAGAGGGCAUCUUCCCAAGCAACUACGUCGAGACCGUAUAA